GCUGGACGUAGGCACUACGCAGAUCACACAGCGGCGACCGCAGAGCUCCUUCAGAUGUCGCCGCCCAGGCAAUGCAUACCGAGCGUCCAGCUGCUGAUGCUGCGGCAGCUGGCCGAGGAGCUCUCCGAGCAACUGGAUGUGGCGCGCAAGCAGCAGCGGCACAGCGACGCUUCUCAGGCGACCACAUGCCCUUCGGAUGGAGGGCCGUCUCCGGAGGAUUUUCCAGAGGCACGAGAGGAGCAGCCAGAGGAAGAGUCCGACAUUCAUCGGCCGUCCAUCGCGAAAUUAUCGCUUCCAGAGCGGAUGACUCCGCCGCCAUCACCAUCAAACCGCAGCAGCGAGCUGCGCGGAAACCCUUUUGAUGGGCUGCCUGUGCAUCAGUCCACAGGAUCACAAAGUUCCUCCUUCGAACAUG